AUGAAGUUCAAUAUCCUUGCUCUGUCGGCCAUUAUCGCUCUCGCCGCUGCCGCGGAGACCACCACCGCGGACGUGUCAACCACUACCCUCACAGCCGAGGCUGAGUGUGCAAAGCAAUGCGACGCCAAGGAUAUCUGCUGCACAGCCAAGUGCUACAAGGUGCCUUGUCCUAGUGACAACCAGGCCAAUGAUACGAACGAUUGUGUUGCUGCCUGUCCCCAGGGUACUGGUACCCCAGCCGAUGCGGACAAGUAUGCCGCCUGCGAGCAAUCCUGCUACACCUCGCAUUUCUGGGGCGGCAGCGGUAAUGCUCCAACUGCUACCAACACUGCCGCCGCCGCCACUGGUACCGGUAGCACUGCGACCAAAUCCAGCUCUGACUCCUCUACUACGGGCUCCAAAUCCUCGGACAACGAUGAUAGCAGCGACAGCUCCUCCAGCUCGGGCACUGCUACCUCUUCAGGCUUCUCGCAGGAAACAGAUAAUUCCGCUUCCAAUGUCAAGCUCGGCGCUUCCGCUGCUGGCCUCUUUGGCCUCGUUGCUGCCGCCUUCGCUCUGUGA